AUAUUGAUCAUACACCUAUUACAUUAUCUUAUCGUUUAACAAAUUCUUUAAUACCAUCAUUACCAAAUGGUGCUGAACAAAUUCUAUCAAAUAUUCAAUCAUAUUCACUUGAAGAAAUUCUUAUUAUUGGAAAUUAUCAAGAUCAAAUUAAAUUUAGUGAAUUAACACUUGAUAUGUAUCGAAUGUUACAAGCAGUUGAAAGACAACCAAUUGAAUCGAUAUCGUCGUUAGAUGACAGAACAACAUCUCAAUCACCAGCUACUCAUAGAAAAGAAAUCUUGAAUUUAUACAAUGAUGAAUGUUCAAAUCGUUCAAAUCCUCAUAAAUAUCUUCUUUAUAAACCAACAUUCAGUCAAAUUUAUGCUUUUACUGCAUCUGCAUUCAAAGAAUUACCUACAAAUGGAGCUCUUCUUCUUUACAUUUCUGCGGAUGGUUAUGAUACUCAUAUAAAAAAUAAAACUGAUCAAUCCUAUGAUUUUGGUGGUGUGAAAACAAAUAAUCGACGUGAUGAUACGAA